UUUUUUUUUUUUCCCAUGGCACCGGCUGAAUAAACUUGUUGAGCUUUCUGGCUAUGCAAUAUUACGUCGUUGUUCACAGCUUCAAUGGAAGAAGCCAUUUUGUCGAUCACUUCCCUUUGAGAUAGAGACUGAGCGUUGGUCUUGUUUCCACGAGACAACUGGGUCUUCCCGUUUCCCCGUGCUCGCAAUUCCACCCGCUGUGUUUCCAGCUCAUGACUUGGGCCUCAACUGACCGUUUGGCUGAGUUGACCGCCUACAGUCAACUACCGGUCAAGUUUCAACCGCGGGCCAUUUCGUCAGAGCGAGGACGGAUGUUUCCGAUACACUUGAUUUGCUUCUUUUCAAAGGAUGACAGAGAGUCAUUCAUAGUCGCCUUGUUCGAGGCCAUUGAAUCGUUCCGCGCCCCUCCAAAAGACCGCGUUCUCGCCUAGUGGUUGGUCCCUCGUCUUCCUUCAAGACCCUUGACAAUAUUCAAGAUGGAGUGACACAUCGAGUGAAUGCAUCGAGAUGCAUCGACACAAAACAGUCUGAACUCGGAAUUCCUCUGCCUUGCCAUUGACAAACAAGGCUUUCCAUGUCUUUCAUUUCUUUGCUUUGCUUUGUCAUGUCAUGUCUUCAACUUUGCAUCCUGUCGCGCGACAGACUCGUGGCCAACGGGGCACGCCUACCCAUCGCGGCAUAGCGUCCGCAGUCCAAGCUUCCCAGCGGAAGGGAAGCGACGCCGAUGGUGCGCCGGGAUCCCAUGGAAGAACAUGGAAGUCCCUCUAGCCUCGCCGGCGGGACUGGGUGGCUGCAGAGCUUGACACCGAGAGGCUGCCAAAGCCACGCCAACUUGCACCGGCGUCCAACGCUCCGGGAACAGUUGUUUGAUGAAAAGCUUAACCCUCAACUGCUCAUUUUACUUGUCUCUAGUGACUGUGUCGAUCUACCAGGUCCCUACCCAGUCGUCUUUCAUCGGUCAACAUCGCGAUCUCCAGGUGUUGAUCGCCUGGGGAAUAGGCAAGCAAUUCGUGGAGAGCGUCGGAGAAUUACAAAUCUGCUCGUAUUGAAGCAGCUACAUGCCCCAUCGGCAUGAAUUUACGUUCUGAAGCACCACCGUUCUCGGAUGAAUACACCGAUUGCAUCCUGUUUUACCGACCAGCACGCAAGAUGCGCCUAGUGAUACGUACUGCCAGUUGUCGGCGUGUUGCCAGACCCUUAGCCAUCCUCCAGCAGCCACGAUGACCCUGAGCCCCGGGUUGAGGCCCUGUUGCAUUAGCCUCACCACGAUACCUGGGCCGACAUUGGAAGGAAGUCUUUGGAGGCUGACCGUUUUGCCCGCGGAAGCUGUCAAGGAUUCCGCCCUUGCGCUUGUGUUCCUUGUCGCUGGGACCUUUCAACAAUGGAUGGACAUGGGUGUUGGGAGGCUCCAUUUCAAGGCUUUACAACAGUCACACAAUGACUUCCAUUCUUGAUGGUUCAGACCUGCCGGUUUUGCUCGCUUGCAUUUGACAUUGAUAACGAUUGCGCCAUGGUGAACAAAGUUACAAAUCCAACACCAGGACUCUAGCUUCGUUGUAUGGGCAUGGGCGCUAUAAUGCGCGAAUUGCUGUGAUAGACAGGCUCGGCCCCAGUCCCAGUGGCGCUACUCUCGAGUCUUAUUGAACUCCAGAAGACAUCGCUUAGAAGUGUCUGUUUGAGUUUACACUUGACAAUUCGUUGAGCUGUCAGAUACGCGGAUGAACCAUGUGGCAGAGAAGACGGAAAGGUCACUGUUGAGAGGGGACAGGAAGUUCGGCUUGACAGAACCUUCUCUGAGAGCUAGUUGCUCGUCCAGUGCCAGGGUUGCAUAUCUUGUUACUAUUCCAAAGCCGUUCAUGUGGCUGACGGCCUUGAAUGAAGGAACAAGUCCAUACUGAUGAUCUUUUGAGGCACACCAUUGAGGCACUCUUUCCGCCAAUGGAGCUGGAUCCUGACGGCCAAUGUCCCGGAGUUGAAGUCAACAACUCUAUCACACCCGGGAUGCAACUCGGAAUCUUCAAUGUUCUCAAUCCGUGUUCGCACAAACUCAAUUCAACAGAGAUUCCGACCCCUCCACCAUCUUCAACUGCUAGGGCUUGAGAGUCCCAUCCGAAGCACAAUUAAUUGCGCCGAAGUUGCUUCUAUUCUCAUGGCUGAUAAAAGUCUUCGUUAACUAGGGCUUGUUGAUUGGUUGACCACUCCCGUUUAGGCCCCUUGCAGCAGAACCUUUGCUUUGACCCGCCGCAGGUUGUUGAUGCCUCGGUCGCAAGGCAGAACACCAUCUUCAUGAUUGCGACGAUCCUUCACCAACAAGGAAAGAAGCUUAACCAAGGCUGCGGGUGCCUAGUGAAAGAGCUUCAGCAAGAGUCCACCAAAUGCCGUCAUUGUCAUCAUGAUCAACAUCAUCACUUGGAAUUAGUCUCUUUGCCAAAUUGAAAACUUCGCGGGGCUUUUUACAAAUUGGUCAAAACCUCGUGGCCAGGAUGAAAAGACAACAGAGUUUGCGACGCUUACUGGUGUCGGGCCGUCCUAUGGAACCUCUGAGCGCCACACUACAACCUGCACGCUCUUUACUAACGGUCAAAACGCCGCGUUUAUGACGAGAUUCUGAUCGAGAUAACAAUUGAAGUACGGGCUUCAACGUGGAAGCCACACGAAUUACGGAUACCUUGAGCUUAACUUGGACGUUAUGACUUUGUGGUCUCUUUGUUGAGAACAGAGUUCAGCCAUGGUGUUAGAAUCAGCAUCGGGAAUGACACACGGGCCGCUUAUACCAACGGCUGCGGCUGCAAUGACUUGCAUUCCAUUAACUCAAUGCUACUUUCACAACAGCAUAAUGCGACUAUAUGUGAUGGUCAAUUCAAGAAGAUGCUGAAAGAAAUCGUAUGAGAGCAGGGCCGAGCAAUUGCACACUGUCUAACACUCAACAUGUUCUCCGAUAUCUUUAGCAAUUGAGAUUUGUUGAAGCAUGUGAGUAUGCAACGAUCUCUCGAUGUAGCCAGGUCUCAAGCCACCGCGAUCGCCUUGACAUCUGUUCCUGGUGGCGAUACUAGUGCUCUUCCAAAGAAAACUCGAUUGGGCAAUGGCCUCAAAUUCUUUUAGUGUGGGUUACAUCGUCCGUCAACGUCGUUAAUCGCGAUGUCACCCACAAAAGGCACAACUGCGAGUUUACAGGGCAAAUUCUGCCACCCAGAGCCUGCGGAACCCCCCAAAAUGCCCCAAAAUGCUGGGAAAUGUGCAUGAGCCUCAUGAAUUGUUGGCGACUUCGUUUGCGGCAGCCAAUCGCGACUCUAUCUCUUACAACUUUGAGGCAACGUCGUUGAGUCUAUUUCGGCUCGUAAGAUGCACGUCACGAUCCGAGCGGGAUACUCUGAUUGUUCCCCGAAAGGCUUGACUGUUACAUCAAGCGCAGAUAUGCUUGGAAGCCAUGUGCUUGAAGGCGGCCGGCUGGUGAAGCAUCCAUCUGCAGGAACGCCAAAAAAAAUCAUCGCCAACUCGGCCUCAGACAGAAUAUGGAAUAGAUUGGCAUCAAGUUGAACCACAAUUGGACCAACCAAGACCAGAUGUUGGGGCUUUUUCAGGAACAGAGGAGAACAACGCUGACGACAGUUUGUGUGCCUUGGGUGCUUGGCCAGAAGAUUCCCACAUGCAUCUCCACCGGGCUUACAGGAUCAGAAUUUUCAGUCUUGCCUUUCUUUUUCCGUCAUCAUGAAAGAGUCUUCCACCGGCCCCACGCCGCGUCUUUUUGUCCCUCUUGGCUGUUCUCCGAGAAGCGGCUCCGAGUGUCUCCGUGAGAAGUGCAUCGCUGAGAAGAGAAGCCACCGGGAACUGAUAACGUGAUAGUAAUCUGCGAUGCAUCGUGGGGGAAUGUCAGCGGGAGGGAAAUCGGUCGAUAUGCAGGCCUAUGGAAGGGGUUCCCUUGCGUCCACACGCAGUGGUUGGAAGUUGGAUGCAUUCGUGGGAAGCAAACUCGACUGCAGGAUGUAAUCUUUUGAAUUGCUUAUUGCAUAUUACUCCAGCUGUUAUGGUUCACUGGAUGGGUUGCAACGGAACACACAAUAGGAACCAGUUAAUUUGAGCGGCCGCAGGGAGAGGAAUAAUGUCUCAACUCUGAUGAAAAAACUUUCAACGGUGGCUGAUUGACUUUUCCUCUUCUCAGCCUCUGCAACAUUCACCUGCUUACCCGCGAAUUAUGCCUCCCGAUUUGCCCUGGCUAUGCCUGAAGAGGGACGCGGCCAGCGGACAUGGGGUCCGGAGGCUUUUGGUGUGUCUCGUUCCUGACGAUCGCGACAAGGGUUCGUGUGGCCGUGGCUUCUCCUGUGGCUGACUUUUGAACUGGGACAUGGCAUUGAGGCACGACCAAUCCUUCGUUGUGCUGCGGCGCGACGCGAUGCACAUGUCGGUCUCUGCUUCUGCUUAGCAAGAUUUUGCUCAUACUCAAGGAUCCUAUGCUCAAUAUCUGCAUGCAAAGCCAUUGGCUUCCUGAAGUUACUGCAGGCACUUUUUGCCUGACCUGAACUCAAUGCAGUUGCAGUUGGCUUGUGCCGUAUUCAGCGCUGACUGCCGAAUCUUCUGACCUUUGCAGGUCUGCGAGAACGCAGGACUGACUUGUACAAUCAGUCAUUCGUUCCUCGCGCCGGCGGAUACCACUCCAUCCCGGCCAGGUGGCCAUCAAAUCGUCUGAACUACUUGGUGACAUGUUUCUGUCAUUUCGAUGAAACUUCGCCUCGGUAAGGCACGUGGUCUCGCGGAUCCUGCUGGGUGAAAAUGGCAUGGAUACCACAUUACUCUGAGACGAAACUCAAGCGUACCAAAUCCAUUUUCGUUUCCAGAGCUGAGUUCUUGCUGCUCUAAGCUGAGCUGUCGCUGAGUGCAGGCUGCGGAGGACGAAGAGUGGGCUGUGGUUUCGGGCCCUGGCUACGCUCAACCCAUUUGGGACCUUCAUAUCUGACGCCAUCACCAACUCUACAAUUUCUCAUCACUUGUCCUUGCUUUUCUUUAUUUUAUUUUCCAACCCAGGUGAACAUAAACAUCACGGUUGAUCUAUUUCUUACCUAAAAAAUAGAUCAACUUCUACCUUCCCAAUUUCCGUACUGCAACCGUAGCCUUCGAGCCAUCUAUCAAACGCCUCUAAUUCAGCAUGCCCUUAAAGACCUCGAUCUGCUCUAGCACGCCUGCUCGGCUGGUGCCACCUUGAGCAUUCCUUGACUCAACACUAGCCUCGUAGUUGAAUACAUCCUUGAUGUUAUCCGGGAAUCGGCUAUCAAUGGCCUGCAGCUGCUCCAGGCUCAGUUGGUCCAUUGGGAUUCCCAGCUCCUCGCUCUUGGCCACCACACGUCCCGAAAUAUGGUGUGUCUCACGGAAAGGCACGAAAAUUUUCACGAGGGCGUCUGCAACGUCGGUCGCAAGGAGGAAAGGGUUGAGCGAGGCUAUCAUGCGCUCUGGUCGAAGCUUGAGAGUGCUGAGGAUGCCAUUUGCGAUCUGCACUCUAUCGGAGACAGUCUUGACAUGAUCUAACAUAGGCUCCCAGCUCUCUUGCAAGUCUUUGUUGUAGGUACUGGGGAGGCCCUUCGUAGCACAAUAAACACCGGCAAGAUGACCAAAAGUCCUGCCAGCCUUACCCCUCAAAAGUUCGAGGUCGUCGGGAUUUUUCUUCUACGGGUAUAUUAG